CAACAAGAGCCGUCCCCUCCCCUCCCUCACUCAUUAGCUCGACCAAGCACCAAGGAAGAGGAAAGAAACCUCUCAAAUAAUCCUCCAUAGCCACCAAACUCGAGCUCAAGCAUAAGUGUUCAAAGAAGGGAGAUUAAAGAGUGAAAAAGUUGGGAAAAGUGUGAAGAAUUAAGGCACUUGUAAAGGGUAUAUCAAGUGGUUUCACAAAGUUGGAAAAGUCGCCGGAGUUGUCGCCGGAGUUGACCAAAAGUCGCCGGAGUUUCACCGGAGUUCAACCAAGGAGGGUAGAACUUCAUAACGCUAGUUCAAGGUUGAAGCUAGAGCUUGCUACUUGCACCUUCUCACGGGUGAUAUCAAAUCAGGGAGACGUGAAAUGGAGGGCAGGCGAAUGGGGACCAGGAACAAUCCGAGGGGGCAGGCGCCGGUAGCAUCCCAAAGGGGAAGCCGGGCUGCAUCUCGGGGUUCGAGAGGAGGCCGGGGAGGCCGUGGAAGCCGUGGAGGUCAUCAAGCUCAAACUGUGAGUGAUGGCCAUGUGAGCUCGGUGUAUGAAACCAACACCGAAGACUAUGACUCAACCUACGUUCCAGAGACGGAGCAUGAAGAGACCCCGUAUGAUGGGGGUGACACAUACACCGAUGAUGAUGAUGAAGAGAGUGAUGCCAAGUUCGCCCAAAUGGGCGAAUUGCUUGAGUGGUAUCAAAAAGAAAAACUGAGGAGAGACCUUAGGCGCCAAGAGAGGCGUGGCUCUCGUGGAGGUUCGGGUCAAGGAAGCCGGGGAGCUUCCGUGGCCACCCCAGCGGCGUCACAAGGUGGGCGUGAAGGAGGUUUUGUUGUGAGAAUCUCCAAGUACCUCAAGGAGGCUAGGGCCUUGGGGUGUAAGUCCUUUGACGGCACCGGUGACAUUACCGUUGCCGCCGAUUGGAUUAAGAAGGUGAAGGAUGCAUCAAGAGACAUGCAAAUCACACCGGACGUGAAGUUGACUGUCGCUUCACGGCUACUUGAAGGAAUAGCUUCUACGUGGUGGGAGAGCGUGGAAGGGAAGUACCAUGGGGAAAUAACAUGGGCGGAUUUUGAGCUAGAAUUCUAUGCUCAAUACUACUCCGAGUACGAGGUGAAUGUGAAACGGAGAGAGUACACUAACCUCAAACAGAAAGAUGGCGGCACAGUUAAGCAGCUGGAACAAGAGUUUAGAACCUUGGCUAGGUUCUUGCCAGAGUACGCGGUUGAUGAGAACCGCAUGACGGAGCACUUUUGGGAUGCCUUACUCUUGGACAUCCGUGAUCGGGCUACGUACUCACGCCACAUGACCUUUAGCGAGGUGGUGGAGCAGGGCCUUCUUGGGGAGGCCCAAUGGAAUGAAAGAAAAGAGAGAGACGCUGAAGAGGCGAAAAAGAGGAAAUGGCAUGGUUCGGGGCCGCCCGAGCAAGCACGGAAAGAUAAACACGGUGGGGGUGGUGGUUCGUUCAAGACACCGGCACCACCGGCAAAGAAGAACAGGGAUGCUCGGUGGCAUGCAUCCUCCUCCCAAAGGACGGGGCCUCCAAAGUGUGCCAAUUGCUCGAAAAAUCAUUUUGGGAAGUGCAAUGCACCCCCUAGGUGUUAUCAAUGUGGAAACACGGGCCACAUGAAGGCCAAUUGCCCACAACUAGGGGGAGGAGGAGCUCCGGGAACCGGAGGAGGGACUACGACGGGGAGGAACCGUGCGGGACCGUCAAACGGCGGCACGGGAAGAGGUGGCGCUUCAACAAGCCAUGCUGCGUCCGUAAAUCAAGGCGGGGCCCAAGCAAGGGUCUACGCGAUGACCGAGGCGGAUGCGCGAGCAAACCCGGACUCCGUUGCAGGAACAUUAAAGAUCAAUGGUAGGUGUGCGAGGAUCCUCAUCGAUACCGGGGCACAACGCUCAUUUGUGAGUGAGGCGUUCGCCGAGGGCCUUGACGUGCCAUUGACACCUAUGACGCAAACGUUGCUAGUCUCCACACCGUUAGGAGACGAUGUGGAGAGAAAUCAUUACUAUCCAUCAUGCGAGGUGGAAGUGAUGGGUCAACCCUUGACUUGUGAUUUCGUACCUCUAAGCAUGUUGGAGUUCGAUGCAAUCCUAGGAAUGGAUUGGCUUGAGAAGCACCAUCCUCGAGUAGAUUGCUACACCAAGGUGUUGGAGCUCGAGGAUGAUCAAGGAAACACGCUAUAUUUCGAAGGAGAUCGGGGGAAAUCAAAUGCUUGCAUCAUAUCCGUGAUGAGAGCACGGAAGAUGAUGAGAAAGGGGUGCCACGCAUACCUUGCUUACGUGGUAGACGAUACGAAGAAAGAAGUUGACAUCAAGGAUGUACGAGUCGUGUGCAAGUACCCGGAUGUCUUUCCCAAAGACCUACCGGGGCUUCCACCCGAUAGAGAGAUAGAGUUUGUAAUUGAAGUGGAGCCGGGAACCUACCGGGGCUUCCAUUCGAUUCCUCCUUAUCGAAUGGCGCCAGCCGAACUCCAAGAGUUGAAGGUCCAACUACAAGAAUUACUGGACAACGGGUUCAUCAGACCCAGUCAUUCACCGUGGGGAGCACCCGUACUCUUCGUAAAGAAAAAAGAUGGUACGCUAAGAAUGUGUAUCGACUACCGACAGCUGAACAAGGUCACAAUCAAGAACAGGUAUCCUUUACCUAGGAUUGAUGACUUGUUUGAUCAACUUCGAGGGGCCAUAGUAUUCUCGAAGAUUGACUUGAGAUCGGGGUAUCAUCAGUUGAAGAUCAAGGAGAGUGACAUACCUAAGAGUGCAUUUCGCACUAGAUAUGAUCACUACGAGUUUCUUAUGAUGUCAUUUGGUUUAACCAAUGCACCGGCAGCAUUCAUGGACUUGAUGAACCGGGUGUUUAGUGAAUACUUAGAUCAAUUUGUGAUAGUAUUCAUUGAUGAUAUCUUGAUAUACUCCAAGAGUGAGGAGGAGCACGAACAUCAUUUGAGGCUUAUACUUGAUCGGCUAAGGGAAAAGCAACUCUUUGCCAAGUUCUCUAAAUGCGAAUUUUGGCUCAAGGAGAUUGGUUUUCUCGGUCACGUCAUAUCCGGUUCGGGCGUAGUUGUGGAUAACGCCAAGAUAAAAGCUAUCAUGGAUUGGGAGAGACCCAAGAAUGUGAAAGAGAUACGUAGUUUCCUUGGCUUAGCGGGAUACUAUCGUAAAUUUGUUGAAAAGUUCUCCGUGUUGGCGUCCCCAUUAACGAAGCUCACAAAGAAGGGGGCCAAGUUCAUAUGGGACGACAAGUGUGAGAAAGGGUUCCUUGAAUUGAAGAAACGACUUACCGAAGCACCAGUUCUUGCCUUACCCAUACAGGGGAUAGGGUAUGACAUUUACAGCGAUGCUAGCAUCCAAGGGCUUGGAUGUGUACUAAUGCAAAACGGUAAGGUGAUUGCCUAUGCUUCUAGGCAAUUGAGGAAACACGAGGUGAACUACCCUACUCACGAUCUAGAGUUGGGGGCGGUAGUGUUUGCAUUAAAGAUUUGGAGGCAUUAUCUCUACGGGGAGACGUGUCACAUUUAUACUGAUCAUAAGAGCUUGAAGUAUGUAUUCACUCAGAAAGAGUUGAAUAUGAGGCAGAGGAGAUGGAUGGAGUUGAUCAAGGACUAUGACUUGAUCAUCGACUAUCAUCCCGGAAAGGCCAAUGUAGUGGCCGACGCACUGAGCAGGAAGAGUACGUCAGGGACGUUACUUACUUGUCUACGAGUAUUGAGGGCACACGUGGAGGUGUCCACGACCGGGGCGCUCAUUGCUAGGUUCGAGGUGAGGCCUACAUUGCUAAGUGAGAUCAGUAGAUGUCAGGCCAUUGAUGAGGAAUGUCAGAAGAUCCGCGAACGGAUCCUUGAGGGGCCCGUCGAGAAUUUUCGGGUACGUGAUGACGGUCUUUUAUUAUUUAAGGAUCGUGUGUGCAUACCAAAGAAUGAGGAGCUCCAGAAGUCUAUACUUGAGGAGGCUCAUUCUUCAGCAUAUGCCAUGCAUCCAGGAGGUACUAAGAUGUACAGAGAUCUGAAGGAAAGUUACUGGUGGUCAGGUAUGAAGAGAGAUAUCGCAGAGUUUGUGAGUCGAUGCCUUACUUGCCAGCAAGUUAAGGCAGAGCAUCAGCACCCAGCAGGGCUCUUACAACCGCUCACUAUCCCAGAGUGGAAGUGGGAACAUGUGACCAUGGAUUUCGUGGUAGGGCUGCCACGAACAGUGAACAACUACGAUGUCGUAUGGGUAGUGGUUGAUAGGCUCACCAAGAGUGCACACUUUCUGCCUAUCAACAUUACUUAUCCUCUUGAAAGAUUGGCCAAGCUAUACACGGAGGAGAUUGUGAGAUUACAUGGAGUCCCAAUAUCCAUUGUCUCGGAUAGGGAUCCACGAUUCACAUCCCGAUUUUGGCCAAAGUUUCAAGCAUCUUUGGGGACUAAACUGAAGUUUAGCACAGCUUUUCACCCACAGACGGAUGGACAGUCCGAGCGGGUGAUACAGAUUCUGGAAGACAUGCUUAGGGCAUGUGCUUUGGAGUUCCAAGGAAGUUGGGACAAGCAUUUGGACCUAGUGGAGUUUGCCUAUAACAACAGUUAUCAGGCAAGUAUCGGCAUGCCUCCAUAUGAGGCAUUGUAUGGGAGGAAAUGCAGAACACCAUUGUGUUGGGACGAAGUUGGCGAGGCCAAACUCGAAGGGAUAGAACUGGUUGAGAUCACCAAGGCUAAGGUGAGGAUCAUUCAGGAUAGACUGAGGGCUGCUCAGGACCGACAGAAGAGUUAUGCUGACAAACGGCGGAGACCGUUGGAGUUCGAGGUCGGUGAUGAGGUUUUUCUAAGGAUUUCUCCUUGGAAGGGCAUCAUCCGAUUUGUAUCGAGGGGGAAGCUUAAUCCCCGAUACAUUGGUCCAUUUGAAAUCCUUGAAAGGAUUGGAGCCGUGGCUUAUCGUCUCAAGUUGACACCAGAAUUCGAGAAGAUACAUGAUGUGUUUCAUGUAUCAAUGCUCAAGAAGUACAUACGAGACCCAUCUCAUAUUCUUGAGAAACCGCUGGUAGAGAUCCGUGAGGAUUUGCAAUACGCGGUAGAGCCGGUGAAGAUAGUAGGUCAACAAGUGAAGAGGCUUAGGAAUAAGGAGAUUCCUAUGGUAAAAGUUCUUUGGAGGAGUGAUCGAGUCGAAGAAGAAACAUGGGAGACCGAGGUCUCAAUGAGGGAGCAAUACCCGUUUCUUUUCGAUUAGACACACGGAUUUCGAGGACGAAAUCCCAAAUAAGGGGGGGGUGAACUUGUAACACCGUCCCCAAAUGUAUUUACUUUUAAGUAAAUGAUGUAAUAAACCUUAUGGAAUGAUUUAUGAAUUUACGAAGUUGUAAAUUUUUAUUAUUUCUUUCGCGUGAAUAGUAAAUUGCACGUGGGACCCACACCGGGAGCGGGGGGCCGCCCGACAUUCCCGAGACCAUAUAUUUUAUUCAUAUUGGUCUAGAUAAUAAAUAUAUAGUGGUGGAUAUUUCAUUUGGGCCAUGGAAAGGCCCAGAGUUGACAGACGGGUCAAAAGGAACCUAAAUUACCGGUACUGGUAAUUUAACAGGUAACAGCCCGAACUGAAUUUCGGAGGCUUAUAAAUUAAAUUUGGGGAAUGUAUAUUCAUUAUACAUGUCAUACUGAGUAAGAGCACAUAAUAUAUUUUAUUUGACCCGAUAAAAUAAAAUAUAUUUAAAACAGUCCGAAAAAUACAACUUUCGGGACCGAUUGUACACAUCGGGACACAAAGGGAUGACCUCCCACAUGAGUGGCGGCCACCCCACGUUUUUGUGCUAGAUUAGACAAAGAUGGGAUGAAGUUGACUAAGGAAGAUGUGGAGGAGGAGGCUUGGGCAUCAAAGGUGCACCCAAAGGGGCCCUUUUCCUCACUCAUUUGCCAAAUGAGACAAAGAGAGCCAUCCCCUCCCCUCCCUCACUCAUUAGCUCGACCAAGCACCAAGGAAGAGGAAAGAAACCUCUCAAAUAAUCCUCCAUAGCCACCAAACUCGAGCUCAAGCAUAAGUGUUAAAAGAAGGGAGAUUAAAGAGUGAAAAAGUUGGGAAAAGUGUGAAGAAUUAAGGCACUUGUAAAGGGUAUAUCAAGUGGUUUCACAAAGUUGGAAAAGUCGCCGGAGUUGUCGCCGGAGUUGACCAAAAGUCGCCGGAGUUUCACCGGAGUUCAACCAAGGAGGGUAGAACUUCAUAACGCUAGUUCAAGGUUGAAGCUAGAGCUUGCUACUUGCACCUUCUCACGGGUGAUAUCAAAUCAGGGAGACGUGGUUCGUGCUUCCUUAUUUUCUUUCAAACUACCGAACACUUGCUCAUGGAUAUUUGGUUUACUAUAAACUAUUUUUGGGGCUUGCAUGCCCAUGUUGUCGGCCGGUUGUGGCCCAUGACUUACCGUUGAAUAUUUCCGCUAUUCAUUGGUUUAAUGUGAUGUUGUUAUGUAUG